UCAUCCAUAACCGACGCAUGACUAUGUAUUAUUAUUACCUGGCUUAUGAUGACAAUUAAAGGAGGCUCGAACAAGGCCUGCGCUGCAUGUAAGUAUCAGAGAAGACGAUGCACAAAAGAGUGCCCUUUGGCUCCUUAUUUCCCUGCAGAUCAACCUAAAAAGUUCAGCAAUGCUCACCGUUUGUUUGGAGUCGCCAACAUCAAGAAGAUUCUGGAUCAGGUAGAACCCAGGAAAAGAGAUGAAGCCAUGACAUCUAUUAUCUUUGAAUCCGAUAUGCGAGAAAAGUUUCCUGUUCUGGGUUGUUUAGGCCUCACAUGGAACUACAAUAAUCAGAUACUCGCGGCCAUGGAAGAGCUGCGUUAUCUGAAACUCAGGCUUGCCAUUCACAAACAACAAUUGCACUGUCAUGUUUCUCAUCAAAUCUCUCCUUCUCAUCCAGUAACAGAAUCAAUGCCUUUUAGUACAGAUACCUUGUCCGUGUCGAACUAUUUGCAAUAUAAUAUUAAUCUCAAUAACAACCAAGUUGUUACCUUUGAUGGUGGAGGUGGAAGUGAAGUGUUUGGUCUUCAACAAUCCUUCAGUUCCAUGGCUGUACCAUCAUCUGAUUUCAUAGCCAACCAACCAGAAAUGGGCACGGUUGAAUAUGAAGAUAUUAAUCCUUAUAAUGUAAUGGUAGAUGACAGGCAAUUAUUUAUCGAAUACAGAGAAGAACCAUGUGAGUCAAGUAAGGAAUCAUCACUGACAGAAGCAAAGUGUCAUCAUAUUGAGCGUGGUUCUGAGCUUAAGAGUGCAGCAGCAUACAUGGGUCUCACAAGUGUGAAAGGAUGAUUGAUUCGGUCGUGGAUGGGGAAUAGCAUUGAUUUUUAAUCAAUCAUAUACAGAUCGAUCACUUUUUAUGUUUUCUGUGCCUACGCACGUCAUGAAUCU